GGUUGUUUAAUUGUACAUUCGCUUGGUGUGUCGAGCUUCGAAAACUCGAGUGGCCUUCGUUAAAACUGACAUAAUUAAACAUAAUUGAACCUAUAUACAUUGUGCUUAAUGUUGCGAAAGUUGCUCGAUUUUGUUUCGUUACUUUCCUCGAAUUAACAUUAUUCUUUCAAAAUGUUAUUUGUGUAUAUUUUAAACCGUCGAAUUAUUAACAAAUGUUGAGUGAGAUUCAAUGGAUAAUUGCAAUAUAAUUUGAAAUUUCGUUGAUUUCUCAAUUUUUUUCCUUACUCAGAUUAGAUUAUUUCUUGCACGAUGUUUAAGCGUAUCACAAAGUUUCAUCAUAUUAAUAUAUUUACGGUUAUAUUAAAAAUCGUUCGAUUUAAAUUACGAAUUAAUUUUUUCCAUCAUCAACGAUAGAUUCACUUACUGGAAUUCAAAAUUCCCGCUUUCCACUGACUCGUUCAAUAUAUAUCACAAAAUUUUAAUUUUAAUUUUUUUUUUCAUCACACUCAAAUACAACGACAGAUAACUUCACUCAAGUAGAAUACGAAAUUCCCUAUAUCGAGCCACAAAAUUUUAAUUAAUAUACGUAUGGCAUCACAAAAUCGUCAUCUACAUUCAAUUAUAGCAUUAUUCAAAGAUCAAUUAUACCAGCAGAAAUUUCGAAAUUUCUCUCUUCUAUUUUAAUUAAAAAAUUUAUUUAAAAUUUUACACUAUCGCUAAAUUAAUAUCGUUAAAAUUCGUUCAAAGACGAAUAACAAUAGACAAUUAAUUUCUUUCAAUUAAUGAUCGAUCAACGUACAAUUUUAAAAUAUCGAGUUUCACUUGUAUCAUAUAACCGCGUAAGAUCGACGGAAAAUACAUCGAAAGGGACAACUUCACUUUGGUUCAAGAGUCUCCCGCACGGUAGAGAAAUGUCGGUGGAAAGCGGGGGGGAAGGGAGGGGGAAGAAUCAGAGUGAUCUGGCAGGGGAAUAAUAACGAGGCGGACGACACGAAGCGAAGUCAGAGAGCGGACGAGGCUUUAUAAAUCGCGAGGAUGUUCGCCAGCGCCGAACCAGUGACACCUCGGCCGCGAUCGAUCGUGCUAGUGGUACACGGACCGUUCCACGACCACGUGCUCGCGAUACAACAUCCGCGAGUAUCGAUUUCCCUUCGAAAUUCGAGAAUUGUCUCGAUUCUUUAAAGCUCUAUAUUGUUCGUACGUAGAGUGGACAAGUAUACGGUAUAUAUACAUAUGCGGGAAAAGUGCUUAUACCACUCGGUAUAAGGUUUUUCGAAAAAGAGUGGUGUUUGUUAUAAUUGGGAGAAUAUUUGGAGAAUAUUUUCGUCUUUAAUGUUAGAUCGAAGGAUUAUCAUCGAAUAUCGAUCUCAAUCUCUAAGUAUGCAGCCGGGGAUGAGGGUGGUCCUGGCCACCGCGUUCUGGCUGGCUGUGCUCGUGGCGGGGACAGUCGGCCACCAUCCCGCCGGUCGCCUUAUCUUCGAUCAAUACUCCUCCCCCUUCGACCCGCACCAGUAUGGAGUUUAUCGAAGAGCCGGGGGCCAACCGGACUGGAAGGAUCAGGAUCCUGUCGAGAAGAAUCACCCGUUCGACCCUUCGAUCAAUCCGCCAAGGUCGAUCACCAACACCGGCCAUGAUUUCACCGAGGCGCUGCUUCACCACGGGGCCAAGUACCUCUCGACGGACCCCGCCAGUCGCGACUUCUCGCCUUCCUCGGCCGAGGACAAGCAACCCCGUGAUCCGCCCGUCGACGACGAGCUGGUCUCGAAGAAAGGCCGCGCGAAAUCCAGGGAAGAUUUAUCGAGAUUCGAGGAGUCGUUCGUGGCGGACGACACGUUCCAGGACCAGGGGCCCGGCUCCCUCGAGAUAUACAAAUUGGAUCUCCUUCGCGAGCGGCCGCUCCUCCACGGCCACCAGGUGACCAUGUUCCCGUCCGGGAAGAGCAAAGUUCCGAAGAAGACGAGCCACGCCGCUUGGAAACCCGCGAAGACGGCCGAGUACGGCGGCAGGCCGCCCCCCGGCCUCCCGAUGCUCCUCCGCAAACAGUCCAACUCGUUCGACGAGCCGAGCACAGAGGUCCCCCCGAGCGCCGAUCUGUUCGGCGUGGGUGGCGUGCCCGAGUUGCAGGUAGGCUGCGAGGGCCUCGAGGCUGCCCACUACAAGGAGAGGAGGUCGAUAGACGGGGUCAGGGGGCCCAGGGACAAGGCGAGGGAUCCCUGGCUCGACGUGACGCCGAUAACCUUGGACCUGGACUACGAGGGGGGCGGGGAGGAGGAGGAGGAGGAGAUGGACGAGCUGCUGAAGCUGAAGAGACUGGAGACGACCACGAACGGGGUGAAGAGGAACAGGGGAGACAUGGACGCGAAGCUUCACUCCGAGUUCCAUUCCGACAAAGGGGCCGAGAAACUGCCCGUGCGCGGCGACUUGGGCUCGAGCCGUAACAACGGCUCCUCGGCGUCGUCCGCUCGUCCGAGUCGUAGAUUACUGUGGGCGGCGGAGGGGGGAGCGGCGCACGGAGGCGAGGGAGAGGGGAGAAGGCGCGGGGAGCGCGGGAAACGCGCGCUCUGGGGUUUCGGGGAGAACGAGGGGGUCGCGGGCAGCGACGAGUUGCAGACCGAGAACCAGAGGCGGAGGAUGUAUCAGGAGAGGCGGAGGGAGCAGGAGGAGGAGGAGGGGAGAAGGAGGGCCGAGUCGGAGAUAGAGAGGAUCAGGGGGGAGUACGAGAGAAGGCUAGACGAGAGGCAGAGGGAGGAGGAGGAGAGGCAGAGACGGUUGCAACAGUCGAACAGGUGGCAGCUCGAGGCGGAACAGAGGCGACGUUUGGAGGAGGAAGAGGAGCGUAGAAGGGAAGUGUUGGAGGAAAGAUCGCGCGAGGAGGAAGAGCGAAGGCAGCGGGAGGAAGAGGCAAGGAGGAGGAAGGAGCAGGAGGAGGAGAUGGACAGGAGGAGAUUUAAGGAAAGAAGAAGAGAGUGGUUGUUGAAACAGAGGCGAUUAGAGGAGGAGGAGAAGGAGAGGAACGUGACCGCGGAGAGAGAAUGGCUGAGAAAGUUGGAACGUAAUCGACCGAUCGAGUUUGCUCCUCUUCCUUCUUCUCCUCAUCAUCAUCGUCAUCAUCAACAACAACAACAACAAGAACAACAUCGACCUGAUCCCUCGAUGAUGGAUCGUCGAAAGGAGGAGCGGAAAUUGCUCGAGUACGUUAGAAGGAAUCAACCCGUCCAGGUGUCCAGGGCGAACGAUUCUUACGAGAGAAACUUGGCGGAGCAGAGGACACAGUAUGCAAUAUAUAAUUCGAGAAACGGAAGAAGAAAUCACGGUCCAUCGGCCCCCACGAAUAUCGAUCCGAGCUCUUACGCGGAGGAGAGUAGGAGGAGGGAGGCUGCGAGGAGGAUCGAGGAGGAGGAGGAGAAGAAGAGGCGGGAGAGGGAGGAAAGGAUGAGAGAGGCGGAGAGGCGAGAAGAAGAGGUACGAAGGAGGUUGUCUAGGUUGUACGAGGAGGAGAGGAGGAGGAAGGAGGCGGCCAGGCUGGAGGCGGAGAGGAUGGCGAAGGUGCAGAGGGAGGAGGAGGAGAGGAGGAGCAGGGCGGGAGGAAGGACGAGGGAGUACGAGGAUCGUAGACGAUUCGAUCAUAGAAGGAGGCAGGAUCUUAUUCCGGCCAAUUUAGUUUUGAACCAGUCGAGGAGGCCCGUUGUUGAGCGCGCGAGACAAAGGCAGGAGGAGGUGGAGAGGAGGAGACAGGAGGAGGAGAGGAGGGCAAAGGAGGCGAGAGAGAGGGAGGAGCGCGACAGGAUCAUGAAAGAGCAGUGGAGACGACAGGAAGAGGCGAGGUUGAACGCGUUGCCUGUAAGCGCGAGAAUAAUAGUCCAACCUCAGAAGCCUAAGGUGAUAUCGAGGAUAGGAGAGUUCGAUAUCGAUUUCCCGGGAGCUAAUCCAUUCCAAGGUGGAGUACGAUUCCCCAACUUCCCAGCCCCACCCACUCGACGACCACCUGUACAAAGUCCUCCGCCCUGCGUCUGGGCUGUUAUUCAAUGUUGUCCAUCGAAUCAACGUCUGGUCAAAUGUUUCGAGUCCUUGGGCUGUCCAGGUGUCAAUUGGGAUUCUAAUCCUUGCAGAGACAAUGUCUCUGAAGCUGCUAGGGCACAGGUGGAGAAAUUCUACAGGGAAACCGAGGACGAGGAGGAGCGUUAUUGAAAGGAAACGAGAAAGUGUAGAUUGGUAGAUUCCAUGGAUAUUUUUAGUUAUAUUUUGGUGAGGAGCAUUUCUGCGAGUCGGUCGAAAAAUUCAAUACGAUCGGAAUUUGGAAUUUAAGCAAUUUUUUUCGAUUAAGCAGCUAUUAAUUAUUGUGGCGAACGAUAUAUCAAUAAAUGGAAUUCGAUGGAAAAGUGAUUUUCAAAAUUUUAAGAGCAAUUUCGUAAAAAAAAUUUUUUUAUUAAAAAGUAAUCAAUUAUUGGUAAAUAAUGAUUAUAUUAUAUAUGGAUGAAAAAUUUAAUCCAGAUAACUCUAUCGUAUUUUGGUAAAAAAAAUCGUUAUGAAGGAAUAAUACGUACAAAUAAGAAAAUCGAAACGUAAUCUCGCUUUCUAACAAGUUACAACUAUAAGAAUUGUCAUUUUCAUAAAUUUUCGAUUAAAUUUUUACUCGACUCGCAACUUCGUUCGAGAAGAAAAGUAAUUCGAUCUACCGAGGUGUGCCCUCAUCAAUAUUUUUAAAUAACAAAAAUAACCUAUGACACGUUGGAAGAAGAGCGCCGCUUGUGUUCUUCGUAUUCUUAGAACGUAAGACGUAAAGACGUUUAUAAUACGAUAGAUCCGCUAUUUUUCUAUUCCGCUUCUAUCAGAUCGUCAUACGACACGAGCCUUUUUAAAUAUAACAAAGCGAACGAUCGCGCCAACAAUGAUUUCGAAAUCGUUGCAUUGUUCUUCUUAUGAAAUCGAUGGAUCAGAAAUUUGGCGAACAUUUUAAAAUAUUUUUUUUUUCUUCUUUCUAGAAAUCGCUUCGAUCGCUCUUCGAUAUCGCAUCGGAAUAUGAAAUAUUUCGCGAGAAUUUCGAAAUAUAUAUCGAAACGUAGAGAAAUAAAAACUUCGAGAAAAAAUAAAACGAAAAAAAAAAAAAAAAUUCGAGCAAUUGUGAAACGCUCUGUUAAAAUAUUCAACGAAUUUUAAUUAUAAAAUAUAGCGUGCAGUAUUUGCCCGGAAUUUUUUCAGCUCUGAUGAUAGCUCAUUUCCUGACGAAUUAUAUUUCAAUACCAUCUUGUACAUUUGAUAAAAUUUUAAUACAUCGACAUCAGUUUUUAUCGUGUAUUAAAAUUUAAUGGAUAUUCUGCAGUUUUCAAAUGUUUUAUCAUCUGACAAAAAAGAAUUAAUUUUAAUUUAUGUACGUGAAAAAUAAUAUUCUUACUCCAAAAUAAGAUACACAUGUUUACAAUAACGACAAUAAUAACGUAAAAAGGAAAAAUAUAUAUAAGAAUAUUCGACGAUAACGUCUUAAAUCAACUUUCGAAUGUAUAUUAUAUCUCGGAUAAAUCGGUUUGAUCGGCUAAAUAAGCAAUAACCAAGAUCCAUUAAAUCGUUCCAUGCCCUCGACAGAAGGACCAAACGAAACAGGAAUCGUUCUGCUUUACAGAGCUUGAUACAAUUCCGGGAGGGAGCCAAUAUUCAACAGAGAGUAACUGAUCGUUUAGUAUUGGCCGGUUGCCAAUUUCGGUGCCGAGUCGGUAGCGUAUAAAAAUAUAGGUGUAAGAGAGAGAGGGAGAGUGAAAGAUACAUAGAGUAUGCGCGAAUGAGAGAGAGAGAGAAAGAAACGCGACAUAUGUUCACGUCAUAGACGCACGUGCUAUUAAGCAUGUUCGCUUUUUGCGUAUAACGAAUGUAGAGUUAUUAACUGUACGUAUUUUGUCUUUUUCCCUCUUGUACGUAGUCGUCGAGCUAUAUUACCGCAGCUUUCUCACAUGUGAUAUAAUAGAUAGGCUCUUAAUUAGCUGUAGCUGUAGCAAACGUAUUUAUCUCUGUAAGAGGAAACAAACAUUCGACGAGUAUUAUUAUUGUGGAUCGUGUCAAAAAUUGUUUCGAAAGUUUGUACAUUUUUGAGAGGUGUUUAGAAUUAUUUUGGAAAGAGGAUUUAUUUUACUAGCAAUGUUUGUGAAUUUUCUUUGCACUUCGUGUGUAUACAUGUAUAUUUGCACGAAAGAAAGAAAGUAUAAUGGAACGUGUAUAGUAAAUUGUGCAAGGAUAGUGCCAGGAUACUUUACUGCCGUUUCCUUAGUUAAAAGAAAGGUUUUUUUCUUUUUUCUUUGUAACAUUGCAUUGUUGAAAGAAAUGCGCAGACUUUGAGAUUCUACAAAAGCACGUAGGACUUUUUUAACUUUAUUUGAAAAGAAGCAUAAAAGUUCAAAUUGAAAAAUUUCGAUUUGACACAUCAAUUUUGAAGACAAUAUAAAAUUGUUCGAUAUAUGGGAAAAUAUUAAAUAGGACAUUUUAAUUAAAAUCACUAUAGAUUUCCUAAAAAACAUGCACAGAACUUUUUAAUCUUUUUUGAAUUUUGAAAUUUAAUAGAAUUUCAAAUGUUACAGAAGAUUGAAAAAUAAAUAUUUCAAUAUUGUAAAAUUUUUCGGUAUAUGAAAAAUUGAAAAAUGGAAAAAUACUAUAAAAUAUUUUAAUUAAAGUCAAUAUAAAUCCCUAGAAAACGUAUAUUACAUACAUAAAGAAAGUGUAUAACUUUGAAUAUUUCAAUAUAUGAAAAAUUGAAAAAUGGAUAUUGCAAUACGUAAAAUUUUUAUUAUAUACAUAUAGAAAAUUGAGAAACAGAAAAAUUUUAAUUAAGGAAGGCAGUUUGGACCACUAUCUCAGAUGUCUAUUAAUAUUUCUUGCUUCUGAUUGACAUUUUAAACAAGGAUAAGAUAUUUUUCUAAUUAUUGAAAAAAAGAACGUAUAAGAAUAUGUCGUCCAAGUAAUGAAAAAUUUCAGAGAUUCUUCUUAGCUCGCUGUAACAUAUAUUUAACAUUUAACUAUGUAAUAUACGUAAUGAUUCUUUAUAAAUACGAAUAUCUAACGCAA